AUGGUGUUGGCGCUGGUGGUCGCAGCCCUGUGCGUGUGGGGCCGCCUGAGCGUCGCGAACCCUGAGGCCAAGCGGCUUUACGACGACCUACUCUCGAACUACAACCGUCUCAUACGGCCCGUCGGCAAUAACUCGGACCGGCUAACCGUCAAGAUGGGACUGCGGCUCAGCCAACUGAUCGACGUUCACCUUUGCGCCUUCAAGCCGCUUGGAAAU